UAUUUGACGCUAGUUAUGAAGGGACAAGAUGUAUCUAUAAGCACUCUCAACGGCAGAUCUAUUCAUCUCAAAGGGACAUCACAACCCCGGUGCUUUUGCCCUAGCGAGAUUAGAGCUUCUUAUAUGUGCGACGCCGGAGGCGUAUUACAAGCAUCCUCGUUUUAUUCCUCGCGCCUCUCCUCUGCUCUUCAGCGCCGCCCGGCCUCCUCUUUGGAUACGAUAUCAAGGCGGAGGCAGACCAUCGGCUCUAUGGCGCUGAUUUUGCAUGCCGGUAACACAAACAAGAAUGGUUUCAAGGCACUUAUUGCAGCAGAAUACAGUGGGGUCCAGGUUGAACUGGCCAAGAAUUUUGAAAUGGGUGUAUCAAAUAAAACUCCUGAGUUUCUUAAGAUGAACCCUAUAGGGAAGGUUCCUGUAUUGGAGACACCUGAUGGUCCCAUUUUUGAGAGUAAUGCAAUAGCACGUUAUGUUACCCGCUUGAAGGCUGACAAUCCUCUUUUUGGUUCUUCACUUAUUGAUUAUGCCCGAAUUGAGCAAUGGAUUGACUUUGCAUCAAUGGAGAUUGAUGUGAAUCUAUCACGAUGGUUAUAUCCAAGACUGGGAUAUUUCCCAUUUACUGCUGUGGGUGAGGAAUUUGCAAUUUCUGCUUUGAAGAGAUCUCUAGGUGCUCUGAGCACUCAUUUAUCCACAAAUACUUACCUUGUUGGCCAUUCUGUGACCUUGGCUGAUAUUAUCAUGACAUGCAACCUUUAUAUUGGAUUCAACCGAAUCAUGACCAAGAGUUUUACCUCAGAAUUUCCUCAUGUUGAAAGAUACUUCUGGACUAUGGUUAAUCAACCAAAUUUCUCCAAGGUAUUGGGUGAGGUAAAGCAGGCAGAUUCAGUUCCACCUGUUCAGUCACAGAAAAAGCCUGCUCAACAUAAAGAGUCUAAGCCGAAGGAAGCUAAGAAAGAACCCAAGAAGGAGCCUGCAAAGCCUAAAGUAGAAGAUGCUGUGGAGGAAGAAGAGGCACCCAAGCCCAAACCGAAAAAUCCUCUUGACCUGCUGCCCCCUAGUAAGAUGAUAUUAGAUGAGUGGAAGAGGUUAUAUUCAAAUACAAAGACCAACUUCCGCGAGGUUGCCAUCAAGGGUUUCUGGAAUAUGUAUGACCCAGAAGGCUACUCUUUAUGGUUCUGUGACUACAAGUACAAUGAUGAGAACACCGUCUCAUUCGUGACCCUAAACAAGGUAAGUGGAUUCCUGCAGCGUAUGGACUUGGCACGAAAGUAUGCAUUUGGCAAGAUGCUUGUAAUAGGCUCAGAGCCGCCCUACAAGGUCAAGGGGCUGUGGCUCUUCCGUGGACAGCAGAUCCCACAGUUUGUGCUUGAUGAGUGCUAUGACAUGGAGCUUUACGAGUGGACCAAGGUGGACAUAGCCGAUGAAGUGCAGAAGGAGCGGGUAAAUGCCAUGAUUGAGGACCAGGAACCCUUCGAGGGUGAAGCCUUGUUGGAUGCCAAGUGCUUCAAGUAAUCUUUUCAUUCAGCCUUAUACCGUGAUUUAUCUUUAUUCUGCCCUUCUCAUGCUGGAGCUGGUAUCUUUGUUCUGGUGAUAUCAUUAGUUGCUGGUUACAACUUUUUCUAUCACGCGGUCCGUUUUGUUACCUGAGUUCUGCAAAACAGAGUCUUUGUUUAGGUGGUUGGUCUUUCUUUUUCGCUUGGUGUUUUGUUAAUUUGGGACUAUGAUGUCUAUUAUUUAUCUGGACUCACUUUUAGGAGAGAGCUAUGUGCUGAUUGUGAUUCCUACAAGUUAUAACCAAGUUAUAUUGUUUUAAGGGUUUAAUGCUCUGCUAGUUCAUUCA